GGCUCGGGGUCGGGCGGCGGCGCGGCCGCGGGCGAGUCGUGGUACCUGGCGCUGCUGGGCCUGGCCGAGCAUUUCCGCACGUCCAGCCCGCCCAAGGUGCGGCUGUGCGUGCACUGCCUGCAGGCCGUGCUGCCCCGCAAGCCCCCGGCCCGCAUGGAGGCCCGCACGCACCUCCAGCUCGGCUCCGUCCUCUACCACCACACCCGCAACGGCGACCAGGCCCGCGGGCACCUGGAGAAGGCGUGGCUGAUAUCCCAGCAGAUCCCCCAGUUUGAAGAUGUGAAGUUCGAGGCAGCCAGUUUGCUGUCGGAGCUCUACUGCCAGGAGAAUUCCGUGGACACGGCCAAGCCCCUGCUGCGAAAAGCCAUCCAGAUCUCCCAGCAGACUCCCUACUGGCACUGCAGGCUGCUCUUCCAGCUGGCCCAACUGCACACGCUGGAGAAGGAUUUGGUGUCGGCCUGUGACCUGCUGGGCGUGGGGGCCGAGUACGCGCGCGUGGUGGGCUCCGAGUACACCAGAGCUCUCUUUCUGCUCAGCAAGGGGAUGCUGCUGCUGAUGGAGCGGAAGCUGCAGGAGGUGCACCCGCUGCUGACGCUGUGCGGGCAGAUCGUGGAGAACUGGCAGGGCAACCCCAUCCAGAAGGAAUCGCUGCGGGUCUUCUUCCUGGUGCUGCAGGUCACGCACUACCUGGACGCCGGGCAGGUGAAGAGCGUGAAGCCGUGCCUGAAGCAGCUGCAGCAGUGCAUCCAGACCAUCUCCACCCUGCACGACGACGAGAUCCUGCCCAGCAACCCCGCCGACCUCUUCCACUGGCUGCCCAAGGAGCACAUGUGUGUGCUGGUCUACCUGGUGACAGUGAUGCAUUCCAUGCAGGCAGGCUACCUGGAGAAGGCUCAGAAGUACACGGACAAAGCCCUCAUGCAGCUGGAGAAGCUCAAAAUGCUGGACUGCAGCCCCAUCCUGUCCUCAUUCCAAGUGAUUCUGUUGGAACACAUCAUCAUGUGCAGGCUGGUCACGGGACACAAAGCCACAGCCCUGCAGGAGAUUUCCCAGGUCUGCCAGCUGUGCCAGCAGUCUCCCAGGCUCUUCUCCAACCACGCUGCCCAGCUGCACACGCUCCUGGGUCUCUACUGCAUCUCUGUCAACUGCAUGGAUAACGCAGAAGCACAAUUCACUACAGCACUGAGGCUCUACAGUUUAUUGGAAAGGAUAAAUCCCGACCACAACUUCCCAGUGAGCUCCCACUGUCUCCGGGCCGCAGCGUUCUACAUCCGAGGGCUCUUCUCCUUUUUCCAGGGAAGAUACAACGAGGCCAACACUUUCCUCCCUCCCAUCCGCAUCGAUCACAGCCACAAAAACCCAGUUUCCCACCGGGAAUUUUCCGAAAGCAACAACAUGGUGGUGCCGGCCAUGCAGCUGGCCAGCAAGAUCCCGGACAUGUCGGUGCAGCUCUGGUCCUCCGCCCUGCUCCGGGACCUGAACAAGGCGUGUGGCAAUGCCAUGGAUGCCCACGAGGCCGCCCAGAUGCACCAGAACUUCUCGCAGCAGCUGCUGCAGGAUCACAUCGAGGCCUGCAGCCUCCCCGAGCACAACCUGAUCACGUGGACGGAUGGACCCCCCCCAGUCCAGUUCCAGGCCCAGAACGGCCCCACCACCAGCCUGGCCAGCCUGCUGUGAAUUCCAGGAAAACUCCAGGAAAACUCCAGGAAAACUCCAGGAAAACUCCAGGAUAUCCACCAACAACAUCCCAGGGGGGCGGGGGGGGGGAAAGCGUCAAAAUCUUGGGAAAAGAAACAAAACAAAUCCUUGGAAAAGCUUCGGAAUUCCUCCUGGUAGCGAGAAGAAGCCAGGAAUUUUCCAGGAUGCCCGGAGCCUCCGGAGCUCUUUUCCAGGUGGGAAUGUCCAGGUGAAUCCCAAGGUUUGAUCCUGGAGGGAAUUCCCAGGAAAGGCUGGGAAUUCCAGCGGGAAGCUCCGAAUCCUCGGGGAUAAUUGGGAUGAGGAAAUCAUGGAUUGGAUUCCCAGCUGGAAUUCCCCUGAGGGGAAAUUCCCAUUUUUUUUGGGAAGGAGGAAAUCCGGGAUUUCCUGGGAUGUCCCUCCCGCAGCCACAGCUCUUCCCCGCGCCGUUGGCAUUGGGAAAAAUCCGGAAUUUUCCUGCUGAUCCCAAAUUUUUCCAGGCUGGAGGCACCAGCCGUGCCUUAAGGAUUCCCAAAUCCUGGGAAUAAUCCUGAUCCAGAAGUUUGGGAUGGAAUUCCAGCCUUGCCCUUGGCACAAAGUUCCCUUGUCCAGGUUAAACUCCCUGGUUUUAGCCCAGUUUUUUUUGGAUUUCCCAGAAAUCUGGGAAUGCUGAAUCCCAGAAAAAAGCUGGAAGUUUUUUCCAGGAUCCCAGCAGUGCCUGGGGUGGAAUCAAGUUGUUUUUCCCAGUUGGAAUUCCUCCAGUUUUUUGGGAAAGGGGGAGGGAAAAGAACUCUGGAAUUCUUGGAGAGAGGAAAACCAAAGCCCUGGAACUUCCAAGAGAUUUUUGGGAAUUUUGAAUCCCAAUGGAUGGGGAAGGAACCUUAAAAUUCCCUUAAAAUCCCUUUAAAAUUCCCUCAUUCCCAGCAUUUUUCCUUCCCAAAUCCCACCUUUUUCCAGAGCAAGGAAUUUUUUCCACUGAAGUUCCUCAGUUUUUCCCUCUGGGAUUCAUUCCAGGGAUGAGGUUUUUUUGUCCCGUUCCCAAAAAUUGGGAUUUUCCAGGUUGUUUUUUUCUUUUUUUUCCCCCAUGGAAAUCCAGGUUCUGAUUCUCUUGGAAAACUCCAGAGGACCUGGAAAUCCCUGGAAUUCUUGGGGAUUGAGGAUUGGGAGUUUUUAUUACGGAUUUUUUUGGGGAUUAACCAAAACUCUUGGUGCCGUUGGAACUCAAAAAAACCUGGGAAAAAAUCCCAAAAAAUUCACAAAUCCGGGGAUUUUCCAGCCUGAAUGCAGGGCUGGAAUUCCUGUGGGAAAUUCCAGAGGCUCCCGAGGGUUUUUUUGGGAUCCCACCGAGACAGAACCAUCCCAGGAAUUUUGGGAUCUGGGGAUUUUCAUCAGGAACUGGGGGAGUUUUCCCAGUUUUUGAGGUUUUUGGGAAGCAUAUUCCCAGUUUUUAUCUCCUCUGGGGCUCACCAAUUCCUUGGAAUCUUUUUCCUUGGAAUUUUCCUGCGUUGGGAAAGGCUGAAAAUUCCGAACCCCAUCCAGGAAAUCCAAAUUUUCCCUUUCUAACUCCGGAAUGUUCCAGAAUAUUCUGGAAUUUCAGGCCCGAUAUUCUGAAUUUCCAAUCCAGCUUGGAAUGUUGGGAUCCAAAUCCCAAAUUUUGGGCUGGAAAAGCCUCGGGAUGAUCCCAAUCCCAGGGCAGGGACACUUCCACUAUUCCAGGCUGCUCCCACCUGGACUUGAGCACUUCCAGGGCGGCCAAAUCCCAAAAACUUUGGGAAAAACUCGGAAAAAAAAUGGGGAAAAAAAUCCCAAUUCUGGAGAGCUGCGGUUGGGGCUGAGCUUUGGGAAUUCCCCAGGGAAUUUUCUGGGGGAAAAGCGCCGUUCCCACCCCCGGAGCCGCCGAGGAAGGAGCAGAAUUCCCAAAAAUCCCCAAUUUUCCGCCUUCAAUCUCCCGUGCAAAUCCCUCAGAAUGGGUGAACCGGCCGGAAAAUCCCGCGGGAAUCCCGGGGGCUCCUCCGGAAUUCCCGAAUUCCCCACGGAAAUUCCCAUGUACAGAGCUUUUUACCAUUGUAUAUUAAAUUAUUUAAUAGCUUUUCGUGGCA